CGCGCCGCAGAUGCGCGCAGGUGCGUGAGGCCGCGCCCGCCGCGCACCCUGCAGACGCGGGCCCGCCAUGGAGCACAUCCGCACGCCCAAGGUUGAAAAUGUCCGCUUGGUAGAUCGAGUAUCUUCUAAAAAAGCAGCCCUAGGUACUUUGUAUUUGACGGCUACUCAUGUCAUAUUCGUUGAAAAUGCACCUGACACAAGGAAAGAAACAUGGAUUCUUCACAGUCAGAUUUCCACCAUUGAAAAACAGGCCACAACUGCUACUGGAUGCCCUCUGCUAAUUCGCUGCAAGAAUUUUCAGAUAAUACAACUCGUCAUACCACAGGAAAGAGAUUGCCAUGAUGUGUACAUUUCUCUGAUACGCCUUGCAAGGCCAGUGAAAUACGAGGAGUUAUACUGCUUUUCAUUCAACCCCAUGCUGGAUAAAGAAGAGAGAGAACAAGGCUGGAUGCUUAUUGAUCUCAGUGAAGAAUACAAGCGAAUGGGCCUCCCUAAUAAUUAUUGGCAGCUCAGCGAUGUGAAUAGAGACUACAGAGUCUGUGACUCCUAUCCUACUGAACUGUAUGCUCCCAAGUCUGCCACGGCACACAUCAUAGUGGGGAGUUCCAAAUUCCGGAGUAGACGGCGAUUUCCUGCCCUUUCUUACUACUAUAAAGAUAACCAUGCCUCCAUCUGUCGGAGCAGCCAGCCUCUGUCCGGUUUCAGUGCCCGGUGCUUGGAGGACGAGCAGAUGCUCCAGGCCAUUAGGAAAGCCAAUCCAGGAAGCGACUUCAUUUACGUCGUUGACACUCGGCCUAAACUUAAUGCAAUGGCAAAUCGUGCUGCAGGGAAAGGCUAUGAGAAUGAAGACAAUUAUUCCAAUAUCAAGUUUCAGUUUAUCGGGAUAGAGAACAUCCAUGUCAUGAGGAACAGUCUGCAGAAAAUGCUGGAAGGUGAUUUGGAGAUAAAGCAGUUCUACACUGCAAGCAAUCACCAACUGUUCUUGUAUGGUGCUCAGGUUCGUAUCCUCAAGUUGCUAAAUGGCAUCAGAGGAAAGGAUAUUGGAGGUCCUGGUCCUCGUUUCCAAAAAGCAGCAACUGCUACAGUAUACACACCAGUAACCCCCCUCCACUUCCACAUAUAG